AUGGACACUGCACUUCUAACUGUACUAACAGACUCUUUGUUGAGUUACGAAUCAGCUCUUUCCGAAACUGAUCCUGACAGCUAUCCCAAUUGUCGCUCAGAUAUACCGCAGAAAGUCUAUUCUGAUGACUGUUUCAGUCCAGCAUCCAGUUCGUGUAGUAGUCACUCUGAUACACAGAAGCAAACGUAUUCUGAACAUUUUCAAAGUUCAUCCAGCGAGCAAGUCUCUUCUCCGACUAACCCUCAACACAACUUGUUGGAGCUGACUCCGGUGUUGAAAUCUUCGGACGAAGGUUGCUGUCAACCAACUGAUUCCCUAGACUCAGUCCGUCACCUCUGGGACAGUUCAGUAGAAGUUGGCCUAAGUGACUCUCACUGUUUCCCACAUUCGUGUGAACCACUUAGAAUUGAUUCCCCUAUGAUACAUAUCUCCCAGUCAUCCGCAUGUAAGAAGAAUAUCACCCAAGCCCGUCCUUCCAAACGACAAUCCUCAGAAAAACCGAUACCAACUCCUACCGUACUGAAGAAUAGGCGCCUGGCGGCAAACGCUCGGGAGCGGCGCCGGAUGCACAGCUUGAAUGUCGCUUUUGACCGUCUUCGGGAAGUAGUGCCUUCGAUUGGUGAGGAUCGGAAAUUAUCUAAAUACGAAACUCUUCAGAUGGCUCAGAGUUAUAUAUCAGCCUUGUGUGAACUUUUAGACAGAGACUGA